AUGGGGCUCUACCCUCCAAGCUUCAGGGUUACGCUGAGUGUUCGGCAAUACAAGCUGCCAAACACUACCCAAAUGCUUCGACCGCAGCCUCUCGAGCUCGGCUGCCUACUCCACAUCUUCCCCGCUCCCUCGUCCACGCUUCCCUCCGGACCGCUGAGCUCGCCCCAAGCCUCUCCUCGCACUCUUCCACGCCCCCGAACACCUUCCCCCUCCACGGCAGGCUCCUCCGCCUCCAGCCCCGAGGCUGGGCCCAGGCAUGCGGGGCAGACACCUCUUCCAUCGCCCCUCACGCCGGCCUCGGCCGAGCCGAGACAUCCCCCCCACAUUGACCGGAGCCUCCCGGAGAGGGGUCUGAGGAGGACGACGUCCGAUCCGCUCUCCCUCCACUGCUCGCCGCCCCCGGAGAGCUGGAGUGCGGAGUCGCCUCUCGGGUCCCUCGGGGAGCAGGAGUCCGGGCCGGUAGCCCUCCGCGCCAGCUCGUCCCUAUCGUCGGAGUGGAGGGGAAGGAGGAUCCCCGGAACUCACCUAGUGCCUGUUGUCAACAUUAGCCCCGGGUUUCCCAGCACCAACUCCAGCGCUCGGGCUCCCCUCCCCUCCCCCCGCCGCUCUCGCAGCCGAGGGCCCGCCUUCCCUCCGCUCCCCUCCUCCCUCCGCCCGUCGGCCCGCCCGCCCGCCACUCACCAACGCGGCCCGGCUGCUAGGGGGGCGGGGCGGAGCGCAGAGGGAAAAGACGAAGGCUGCCCGCACGACUGCCUAGUCCAAAUGGACCUUCGUCUCUGGUCCCUCGCUAUGUGUUCAGUCCCUCCUCUGGGUUAA